AUGGCCGAUCAUCAAAAAGAAGAUCGAGGUUCUGUUCUUAAAGACAUUUUCUUUAUCAUUCGCACGUAUUUAGAGGAUUUGUCUUCUGAGAAACCCUGGAAGGAUGUACGAGAUUCAGUAGCACUCGCAAAUGAGUGUAAGGCAGCCGGGAUUCCUCCUUUUGGUUUCAUUUAUUCUUACGAUUGGCUUUAUGCUUAUUUUGAUAGUGAUUCUAUUAGUCUUUUUCAUUGA